AUGCCCGUGCUGGUGCACAUCGCCAAUGCUGAAACGGUUCCAAAGGACAAACAUGCAACGGUUGGCGUGUUGGUGAAGAAUGAAGACGGUGUCGUGGUGUUAGCGCAGACAGGAGGACAAGCGGUUGGCGCUCCUGAUAACGCUGAAUGUGUGCCAACCACAUCCACAGAAAAGGCUCCAGGAGACGUGAUAGGCAAGGUCAUGGAAGAAAAAGGCACUGGUAAACAGACAGUAACGCACCCAAGCAAGGAACCAGGUGCUCACCAGAAAGUAGUCGGCACUGUUGUACAGGGUACCUACAACGAACCAGUUCUUGUUAGAGAGGUAUGGGUUAAAACCGUCUACGCUGUCGACACCAUUCCGGCAGUCAAA